CAUAGUGUUCUCGAUUGGUCUCAGGGAAGAAACUUGGUGAGUCUUCGCUGGUGUUGUGUGAUCAAAGCUCGGGAGUCGGAAUGGAGUUCGAGAUGGUGAGCCAGCACGGGGCGCUGCUCAAGGUGGGGCUGUUCGUGCUGGUGCAGGCGCUGGUGUACCUCAUCCUCGCCCAGUCCUCCUCCGUCUUCUCCACCACCAAGACCCUCUGCCUCCCCCCGGCGCGCUCCCUCAGCGCCCGCCGCAUGGUCGCGCUGCUCUCUGACCUGCCGCUCGACGGCGAGCCCUCGCCCCGCGUCGGCUUCGUGGAGCCGUCGUCACCCGUGUCCGUGCCCGUGCACGCCCACCAGAAGAAGGAUUAGUUGACCGAGUUGGGAGGUGGCUACUGUCUAGCGAGCGAGCAUAUGCACGUCGCUGGUUCCCUGCCAAUGGUUGGUGCCUGCCGCGGGAGUUUGUUAGCUAUUCACACCAUUCUUUGGUGGUUCUUUGAUUGGCUGGUUUGUUCUUUGAGAUUGCAUACAUGUAAACUACACGCCGUUUUGGAUUGUACAAAUGACCAUCCAAGAUUGUGUUUCGGUUA